CAUACUCUUCUCCAUUAAUAUACCCCUCCCAUCUCCCCCAACUUCCCUCAACCAGCCAUGGAUUCCCUCUCCUCCCUCCUCCUCCUCGUUAUCCCACUCGUCCUCGUCUUCCUCCUCUCCCGCUCCUCCUCCUCCUCGAAAAAGAAGCUCAACCUCCCACCGGGGCCCCCAGGCUACCCGGUGGUCGGGAACCUCUUCCAAGUCGCACUCUCUGGGAAGCCCUUCUUCCAGUACAUCCGCGACCUAAUUCCCGUGUACGGCCGCAUUUUCACCCUCAGAAUGGGCACUCGCACGAUGAUCGUCGUCUCUAGCAACGAGCUUGCUUACGAGGCCUUGAUCGAGAAGGGGCCGAUUUUCGCGACCCGGCCUAUGGAGAAUCCGACGAGGACGAUCUUCAGCGCGAAUAAAUUCAGCGUCAAUGCGGCUUACUACGGCCCCGUGUGGCGGUCGCUCCGUAAGAAUAUGGUGCAGAACAUGCUCUCCAAUGCGAGGAUUCGCGAGUUUAGGAAAACUAGGGAUUUGGCGAUGGAUAGGCUCGUGGAUCGGAUCGCGGCGGAGGGCGCGGCCAACGGCGGCGCGGUGUGGGUGCUGAGGAAUGCGAGAUUUGCUGUGUUUUGCAUUUUGCUGGAUAUGUGCUUCGGCGUUGAGAUGGAUGAGAAAACGAUUCAAUCCGUCGAUGAUAUGAUGAAAUCGGUGUUGAUCGUUCUCGAUCCGAGGAUGGAUGAUUUUCUCCCAAUUUUGAGUCCUUUUUUUGGAAAACAGAGGAAAAAGGUUCAGGAAGUGAGGAAGAGGCAGAUCGAAACCCUAGUUCCCCUAAUUGAAAAAAGGCGGGAAAAUUGGGGGAAAUCGGGAUCGAAUAAUUCCAAUUCGUUCGCGUAUCUGGACACGCUCUUCGAUCUGAAGGUGGAGGGGAGGAAAUCGGCGCCGACGAAUGAGGAAUUGGUGACUCUCUGCUCCGAAUUCCUCAACGGCGGCACUGAUACGACGGCUACCGCCCUAGAAUGGGCGGUGGGGAGGCUGAUUGAGAAUCCUACGAUCCAAUCGCGGCUGUACGACGAGAUCCGGGCGACGGUGGGGGAGGGGAAGAAGGUGGACGAGAAGGACGUGGAGAGGAUGCCGUACCUGAACGCGGUGGUGAAGGAGCUCCUGCGGAAGCAUCCGCCGACGUACUUCGCGCUGACGCACGCGGCGACGGAGGCGACGAGGCUGGGGGGGUACGACAUACCGACGGAGGCGAGCGUGGAGUUUUUCUCGGCGGGGAUCGCGGAGGAUCCGGAGGUGUGGGCGGAUCCGGAGCGGUUCGACCCGGAGCGGUUCUACGGGGGGAAGGAGGAGGCGGAUAUCACGGGGGUGACGGGGGUGAAGAUGAUGCCGUUCGGGGUGGGGCGGCGGAUCUGCCCGGGGCUGGGGAUGGCGACGGUGCACGUGAACCUGAUGCUGGCGAGGAUGGUGCAGGAGUUUGAGUGGUCGGCGUUUCCCGCCGGAGGGAAGGUGGAUUUUACGGAGAAGCUGGAGUUCACGGUGGUGAUGAAGAAUAGUUUGAGGGCUAGGAUUACGCCACGUGGAUAGUGUAGUAGCAAGCUCUUUAAUGUAAUGUUGUUGUGUUUUCAUUUUCGACCACUUAAUUUGUACUCAUAUUACUAUAAGUCUCUCAAUCGACAUUGUUUUGCUAAAA